GAGCCGCCCCCGCCUCGCCCCGCCCCGACCGGGGCUGCCCGGCCCCGGCCCCGGCUCCGGCUCCGACCCCCGCCGCGGGGUGCAGGUUUUUCUUGUGACCUGAAGGUGCAGCGGCACGGCGGUACCCACGCGAGCAGCGCGAGGCUUCUCGGCCCAGCGCUCCGACUGCAAGCUGUUGGGUGAAUGAUGGAGCAAGUAAAAGCCCCAGUGGCAUUUAGUCGCCUCUUCCCGAAGCGUUGCUCGCCAGCUCAUUGUUUUGUGGCAUGAUACAUCGUGCUGGUCUAAAAACGCCGCGCAGCGACACGAGGAGAUUCAGUUCUAGAGGUGCCUGCGAGCAGUUACCGCUUACCUCAGAAUAGUCGAACGAGAUUCCAGGGACCACUCCUCUGUUCAGGUUGGUUAAGAUGGCAGACCAGAGGCAACGUUCGCUGUCUACCUCUGGAGAAUCGUUAUACCAUGUGCUAGGACUGGACAAGAAUGCUACUUCUGAUGAUAUUAAAAAGUCAUACAGGAAACUUGCAUUGAAAUAUCAUCCUGAUAAAAACCCUGAUAAUCCAGAGGCAGCAGAAAAGUUUAAAGAGAUCAAUAAUGCUCAUGCAAUAUUGACCGAUGCGACAAAGCGAAACAUUUAUGAUAAGUAUGGUUCUCUGGGUCUGUAUGUAGCAGAGCAGUUUGGUGAAGAAAAUGUGAACACGUAUUUCGUCCUAUCCAGCUGGUGGGCAAAGGCCUUGUUUGUGUUCUGUGGGCUCAUCACAGGCUGCUAUUGCUGUUGCUGUCUGUGCUGCUGCUGUAAUUGUUGCUGUGGGAAGUGUAAACCUAAACCUCCUGAAGGCGAAGAACAGGAAUACUACGUCUCUCCAGAGGACUUGGAGGCACAGUUGCAAUCAGAUGAAAGGGAGGCCUCAGACGCACCUAUUGUGGUACAGCCAGCAUCAGCCACAGAGACGACCCAGCUCACAGCUGACUCUCACCCCAGCUACCACACUGAUGGAUUUAAUUAAGUUAAGGAAACACUGUAAUUAGAAUGGAUAAAAAAUUACAUGGCCAACUCAACACUAGAAUCAUGAACAUUAGAAGUAGAGAAUGGGGAGGGGGAAAAAAUUCUGCCAGAGUAAGAAGGCAGCUUUCCAACCUGCCGAGAAUAUUUUGUAAUCCCUUCAGCCUUUUGUCACCUUUCAGUGUCGUAUCUUGAUGAUACGUGAAGUGCUGUAGCAUGCAGUAUUUAAAGCAGUUUAGCUACGGUUUUAUGUUUUCUUUCUUUUUUUUUUUUAUAGCAUGUAUGGAGUUAUGUUAAAUGUCUGUGGUGUAAUGUAUUGAGUUGUCACAAUAUGUGUGAGGGAGACAUUCUGCAUUUUAAGCAGUAGUACUGGCCUAAAAAUGAGAUUUAAAAAGAAAAAAGCUUCAUAAAGCCACCACUUUUUCAUACAGCCAAGCUGUCAAAGACCUUUAAAAGUUCAUGAAUUUCAUUUGGGUGCAGCAAGCCAAUUCUCUUAUUCCUCCUAUUCCUGCAUUGUUGUCUAAGCAAGUUUACAAAGCCAAGAGCCAAAAAAAUGCCAGUCCUGCAGAGCUGGAAUUCUCUUUAAUGCUGGUUUUCAGCUUAAAUAAAUCUACCUUGAAAAAUAAAAA